AUGUGUUAUGCAGCUAGCUUUGGAUUGCUUAAAUUAGAUGCGAGAACAGAAGAGCAACUAAUUGAAGAAUUUAGGGAAUUGACCAGCAAGAUUCCGAUAACGGUAACAAUUUGGUACAGGGGUAUUGAAAAUGCCACAUUAACAAAAUCUCAAACGCACGCCUCAAGUAAAAUGCACCAGAUCAGUCAUCAAAGGCAGGAGAUAUGGUAUGUGCCCUCACCAGGAGGUUUCACCAUCAAUAUCCCAUACCGUUAUACCUCACUCGCAUCCCCAACUAUAACCACCACCCCAGGUAUCAAUUCCCACCACGAACACCACCAUCAACCUCCACCUGAGCAACCACCCUCCUCGUCACCCCUUCCAGCCCCUUCUCCUCCCGGCCAUUAUCACCACCUCCGCCACUACUUGUAUUCGCACUCAGCCCCACCAAUACCCGAGGCUGUCCACCCGGCCGCUCAUUCAAGCUCGGCGCCCUUGGCCGCUGCUUCCCGCGAGCUCGACCCCCCACGACCGGUAACUCGAACGUCAACAUGCGCCCCGUAUACAAACAUAUAUCAAAGAUGA